GUGUCGGCUCAAAUAACACGUAAACUUAAGAAUAUUCGCCGGCUAAAAAACGCAAGAAUUCAAAGAUAAUGAGAGUCAAGGACUGUUGGCUCGCCACGCUGGCAUUCCUGGCGUUCCUGUCGAUGGCCUCGUCGUCUUUUUCGUCCGAGAAGCCAGUUCCUCCGCCCUGCAGGGCCUGCAGCCAGUUAGUUGGAUCCUUUAAGGCAGGACUCGAGCGCACGAAGAGAGGACAUGGUGGCGGGGACACGGCUUGGGAAGAGGAGAAGCUGCGAUCCUACAAAACCAGCGAAGUGCGGCUGGUGGAGAUUCAGGAAAAGCUAUGCUCGGACCCAGAGGUGGUAAACAAGGACCACUGCCACAAUCUGGCCAAUGAGCACGAGGCGCUUCUGGAGGACUGGUUCACCCACAAUCAGGCGCAGAGCCCCGACCUGCAAUCGUGGCUUUGCAUCGACCAGCUGGCUGUCUGCUGUCCGCCGAACACCUACGGAGCAGAUUGCCAGCCCUGCACCGACUGCAGCGGAAACGGUAAAUGCAAGGGAGCCGGAACCCGGAAGGGCAACGGAAAGUGCAAGUGUGAUCCUGGCUAUGCGGGACUCAACUGCAAUGAGUGUGGAUCGAUGCACUACGAGUCCUUCCGUGACGAGAAGAAAUUACUGUGUACACAGUGCCACGUGGCCUGCGGCGAUGGCGGUUGCACUGGAGGUGGUCCGAAAAACUGCCGCAAGUGUAAGGACGGGUGGAGCAUGGACUCGGAAGCGGGGUGUGUGGACAUAAACGAGUGCCUGGAGCAAAAGCGUCCGAAUUCCUGCCGACCGCAGCAGUUCUGCGUAAACAACGAGGGCUCCUUUAGCUGCCUGGAGUGCGAUCGCUCUUGUGAUGGCUGCGACGGCGAUGGCCCGGACAUGUGCAAGAAGUGUGCGGAUGGCUUUGAGCUGAGGGACGGCAAGUGCCACGACCUUUCCGCUGAGCAACGUAGCAACUACGUGAGCUAUACGCGAAUGCUCACUUACUUCGGCAUGUGCGUGGCCACCUGCGUCAUCUUCCAGAGCUCCACCCACAUUGCCUGGGGUUGCAUUGUUGGGGCGGCGGUGGCCGUGUACAUUGCCGUUUCUGAGUAUUGGAUGAACUCGGAGGCAGAAGGUGGCCACCAGCCCGAAAUUGACACUAAGCAGUUGGAGGAACUGAUCAUGAAGUCAUUAUAAGCCAAACUCUGCCGGGUUAGAAGACACAAAUCGAGCGGUAGUGUUAGGUUUAUUUUUUGAAAAAGAUGAACGAGAGCCUUAAUGAUCAGUAUUCUUGAUUAAUACCAGUUGCAGUUGCUUAAGCAUUCUAACGAUUUUUGUACUUCGUUUGCAGUCAGCAGCGAUUCAAAUUCCACGAUGAAUCAGCUCGGUGAGGAGUCCACGCACGAAGAACUGUAGCAGUUUCCAUAGCGCACACCUUUCGUAGUCAAUUUUAGUUUAAUAGUUAAUAAUAUUACCAUUGAUAUGUAAUUAUAAAUUCUAUUGCCAAAGUGAAUUUAAGAAAAGUUAUUGUUUUCCUUCACUAAAAAUUUUAUUCACCAAGCCGGUCAAAACCACAUUUUGCUAUUGGUAUCACAUUUAAAUAUAUUUUAUAUUUGGUUUCAAUGUACAAAAUCACAAAUGCAGUCAUAACAUACAUUCAAGUAUCAAUAAAUGGAUUAAACAUAA